AUGACCUACAACACAAAGACAAAGAGCCUUGUCGCGCUCUCAGCCCUCCUCUUCUCGACCCAGGUCGCCGCCUAUGCCAAAAUCAAGCUCUAUACCGACGGCCAAUGUCAAGAGCCUGUCGAAGGCGCUCGAUGGGGAUCCAGCGCUGGCCUCGACAACGAACUCAAAUAUCUAGAGAUCACCAAUGGUGUCCGCGAUUUCCAAGACUUCUCGAAUCCCAUCGUUGACCCUACUUUCCCGGGUACCAACUCGACAGGUGCAGGAUCGGUUGUUUACUUCGAUGUCCCCCAGCCUGAUCACACCUGUGCAUACAUCAUCAUGACCGAUUACAAGGCCAACAAGUACUACGGCGACAACCCUCUUCCCGGCAUGGCUCUGAUCUGGGCCGCUCAGGCUGGCUGCUACUACUCCGAGAUCCCCGCCCAUGCCUCCCUCUUCACAACCUACUGCUGUGGAAGUGGAGACUGUUCUACCGUCGACCUCGGCCAGACAAGCAUCCUGCCCAACAAGAGAGAGCUCUCCGCCACCACAUCCAAGGAAAACGAGUCCAACGACAACAAGUCCAAAGACGACAAGCCUCGCUCCGCCUCAUCGCUGACCGGCCUCGCCGCAGCAGUAGCAGCAGCAGCAAAGCUCAAAGUCCGCGACGGCCAACACAGCUGCAAACUCUACAACAAAGACGGCAGCUCCUACACAGCCACAACCAGCAACCAAUACACCAAAGCCGGCAAACAGCAAGCCGUCAGCUCGAUAGAAAAAUGCGUCACUUCCAGCGACUGCGUCCUCUCCGAAGCCGGCAGCGUAGACACGUCCACAACAAUGAGCACCUCUUCCUCCACCUCUGUCGGUUUCGACGCCGGCAUGUCUGUAGGGAUUGAAGCCGGCACGAAUUUCAUCGUCGAAGCUACGGUUUCUGCUGAAUUUUCUUUGGCUAUUACUCAGUCUUGGGAAACUGCUACUGGCAAGGAUGUCAGUAAUGGUACUAGUCAGACUGUUACUCAUCAGUUGGGUAUUGUGGAGGGACAGGAUGCGUUCUUGACUUUUACUCCUACUUAUAUCUGUCAUGAAGCUUAUAUGGCUUGUGAUGGGCAGGAAAUGUCGAGUCAGCCCAUCGAGUAUUGUACUCUGCCUAAUGAUGAGUCCAUCAAUGUCAACGGUAUCUUCUCUACUGUUUACUGCUAG